AUGUUCAUGCACAUCAAAGCAUUUGAAACACAUGCUUUGGAUGGCCCAGAAACAGACAUCCUAAAGAAUUCAGAACAAUCAUUCCCAAGAAUCAAAAUCUACGGAAUGCAAGGAACAAACACAGAUAUAUUAAAUCUGUCGAAACACGUGAAUUGCGCCGGAGGAAUUGAAUCUUGGGGUGACCAAAUCUUGGAAAACAUGCGUGCAGGAAUGGUCAAUGCAUUGGCAGACGCUUUGUACAAUUACAAGAAUGCUAAAAGCGAAGUCUGGUUCUCAAGUGUAACGACAUAUGUAAUGACAAUUAUUACUUUAUGUCAAUUCACACGAGAAAUCGAAGAAUGCUUCGAUAACUUUGAAAACAAUGUAAGAACAUUUACGGAUUACAGGAAGAACUUACAGGAUAAGAUAGAGAAAUACACGAGAAUGCUUUAUAACCCGAGAAACAAAUACAUUUAUCCGAAAUUAACAUCGGCAAUUACAAUAAUUAAUUACCAAUUGUAUAUUUUAGAGAAAAUUAUUGAGUUUCCAUCGGGUUUUGAACGAAGAAACUUCUGGGAAAACAGAGUUAGAUUACGGUACAGACAAGCAACAUCAACAGUCGAAGUCUGGUUUGGCUCAAAGAACUUUAGUUACGGAUAUGAAUAUUGGGGAAAUGUUCCUCCAAUUUUCAUUUGUAAUUCGAAGUUUACUGCAAUUGAAAACAUUUGUGCAGCCAUCGCGUCAAACAAUGCAGGAAUAAUCCUUGGUGAUGCAGGAAGUGGAAAGAAAGAAUUGAUAUCAGCUGUUGCUGCGAUGUUUGGAAAACACAUCGCUUUUUGUCCUUCAUUUAAUGAUCCAAGUUCUGUUUCUGUUUUGAGAAAUGUUGCAGGAGCAAUAUUAUGCCAUUCAUGGAUUGUUUUCCCUGAUAUACAGAGGUAUUCGCAAUCAACACUUGCAAUGCUUGCUGAUAUUUACAGAGACAUAAAGUCAAAAGAAGACCUUCCAAUACAAUACGAAAUUGGAAAUUACACUGUCAGAUUAAGUGACCAAUUUAUUUUGUUCGCAACUGGUCCAACAGAAAUGAGAGUUCCUGAGACAAUUAAACACGAGUUCGCACCAAUUGUCAUCAAUGAAGUUGACGCGAAAUCAGCAGCAAACAUCGAAUUGUCUGCUUACGGAUUUAGAAAUUCAGAUUUACUUGCUGAAAGAUUAAUCACUUGUAUCAAGAGAAUCACAGCGAUUUUCGAAAAAUUACCAUGCAGAGGAACAAUAACAAACGCUCUUGCUGUCAUCAAAAUAGCUAAACUCUAUAUAGAAAUUGCUAAAACAAGCGAAAACGAAGAUUUUGUUUUGGCAUGGGCAACUUUUCAUCAUUUCCAAGCUUUCACUUCACUUGAAUUUAUACCAAUGUUGGAACACAUUAUUUAUGACAUUUUCUAUCCAACAAGUGAGUUCAACAUGUUCCACAUCUAUCUACCAAACAGAAUGGGCAAUUUCAUUGAAAGAAGAUGUGAAAAAAUCGAAGAAAAAAUACCACACGACAUGGACAAAUAUGUCAAAGGAAAAGUGUCAGAUUUCUUACGAUUACUUUUCACUACAAAAUGUGUAUUUGUUUAUGGAUCAUCUAAUAGUGGUAAGUCAUCAAUUGUAGAAGCUGCUGUCAACGCAAUUAACCAAACUGAAGAUGAGAUUCCGACCAAAGUUUUCGAGAUCUACCAUGCAGCGAAUACGAUAAAUGAAACAUUUGGAUGGUACGAUUAUCAGAAAGAUGGACAUGUAUUUAAUGAUGGAAUCAUUGCACCAAUUCUCAAAGAGAUAAGAGAAUCAAACAACAUGCAAUUCAUUAUUAAGUUCAAUGGCCCAAUAACUGAUGAAUUCUCUGUUUAUUUAACAGGAAUGUUGAACUCAAAACCACAAGAUGUCAUCAUGUUCAACAACUACGAAACAUUUAAUUGUGAAAAUGUUCAUAUAGUUGUUGAAACAGAUUCAAUUGAAAAAGUGACACCACAAAUUGUUUCAUUUGCUGUAUUUAUUCCGAUGCGCGAUUCACAAACAAUUAGAAGUGAUCCUAUACCUAUCUUUGAACGCGCCAAAGUCCAUAACAGUUGUCCUCCUGAAGGCUUGAAACACAUAAGAGAUGA